CUAUUUUCUUUAAGUUAAGGCAGCCACUACCAUGGAUAAGUCCACGCUGACACAGAAGAACUAUGCGAGUGUCUACAAUGAGACGACGAAGCCAAAGAAGCCGAAGCGGCGCGACAAGAGCGAUUUGGGGCCCGAUUUUGUGGCACCCGACGGCGGCUGGGGCUGGGUCAUCUGCGUGGCUGCGGGCCUGAACAAUUUCUUUAUGUUUCCGGCACUGCAGCAGUACGGCCUGAUCUACAGGGCGCGCAUGUCGCUGCUGGGCUUCGAUGCGAAGGAAACGACGAUCAUCGUGAAUGUGGUGAUGACUCUGUCCUCGCUAGUGGGCAUUUUCAAUGGGGCCAUGUUCCGGCGUUUCACCUUUCGCCAGGUGGCCCUGGCGGGCACAACGCUUGGCUUUCUGGGCAUCUUCGGCUCGGCCUUCUGCACCACCUUCUGGCAGUACAUUGUCUGCCUCUCGCUGAUUUAUGGCGUGGGCUUGGGCUUGGCCAUGGCCGCCGUUUCGCUGGCGGUCAACACGUACUUCAAGCAGAGUCGCAGGCGCGCCACGGGCUUCUCCUGGACCAUCACGGGCCUGGGACCCAUCAUCUUCCCCUAUGUGUCCACCUUUCUGCUGGGCUACUACGGCUCGCUGGGCACCAUCUUGAUCUAUGCCGGCAUCGCGUUCAAUGCGGUGCUCUGCGCCCUCACGCUGCAGCCGGUGAUGCGGCAUGUGCGCAAGCCGGAGAAGCCGGAAGGCGACAGCGUCGACCAGAAGGAGCAGCCCGAGCUGGUCGAGGCCAACGGCAACCUGCUGUCGGCGAGCAGCGAUCCCUGGAGCGACUACGAGUGCAAGUACUGCCAGUAUCAGAGGCGCGCCAAGCGCGGCAUCUUCUCCUCGCAAUACCUGUUCAAUGACGACGAUCCCGAGCAUCCCGGCUAUGAGAUAACGGAGCCAGGCACACCGAUGCUGGCGCGUGCCAAUGAUGGCUGGUUCGGCUCCAAGCUGUCGCUGGCCUCCGAGCGGCGACAGGUGAUGCUGCGUCAGGCCUCUGUCGGUGUCGCGACGGCGGCUGCCACCAAGGCGAGUCGCGACAAUCUGGACAAGCUGGAGGAGGCCAACGAGGCGGAUAGGCUGCAGCGGCAGCAGGAGACGGCCAUGGGGCUGUCCAAGCCGAACUACUUCAAUCGCGAACGUGGCGACCUCGGACGCUACGCGAGCAAGGCGAGCAUCUACUCCAAGCCAGGCGGCUGCGAAGAGCUGCUGCGCUGCACGUGCGCCGAGGACAAGGCGCUGCUGGAGAAAUCGGCCGAGGCACUGCGGCUCCAGCAGCAGGCACUGCAGGCGGCCGAGGAGGCCGAGGAGGUGGCCAAGCGCAAGAUGAACUUCCGCCAGAAGGUGACCAAAUUCUUCGAUCUCGAUCUGCUGCGCAAUGUGACCUUUGUCAACCUGGUCAUCGGCAUGAGCAUCAUGAUGUUUGGCGAGAUGAACUUCUCGGUGCUAACGCCGUUCAUCCUGGACAGCUAUGGCUAUUCGAACGAACAGUGCUCCCUGGUCAUGUCGCUGCUGGCCUGCAUGGACAUAUCGGUGCGUUUCCUGGCCCCGAUCUUUCUUGAGAAGGUCAACCUGGACAAUCGGGUGCUGUUCGCCUUCGGCAUUGUGUGCAUUGCUGUCGGCCGUGUCAUUGUCACCUGGACUUCGUCGUUCAAUGUGGUCGUGGCCGUCUUUCUACUCAUCGGCUUCGGCAAGGGCUUCCGCACCAUCUUCUCGCCGCUGAUCAUACCCAGCUAUGUGCCGCUGCGCCGCCUGCCCGCCGCCUCAGGACUGCAGCUGAUCUUCAACACGAUCUUCUCCUUUGCCAUGGGACCCCUGCUGGGCGUCAUCACCAACGCCUAUGGCUACGGCGCCACCAUUCACUGCAUCAACUUUCUGACCGCGAUGGCUCUGCUCAUGUGGAUCGCCGAGUCGGCGAUUCGACGCGCACUCAACAAGCCGUACAGUCCGCCGGAACAGUAGCGUUCGGCAGCCACGGCCCUGCAGCAACUGAGCUACUUGUGCGGGCCGCCACUGUAGACUGCAACUAGGCCGAGUCGCAUCCAUUUAAGAUACCGUGUCUGUAGUAUUACCUUAAGCCAUUCGCACUAACUUCAGCUCGUAAGCUCCUAGCAUAAGAUUGUAACCUUAAGAGAUAUUACCUAGGCCCUAAGCACGAUUGCCUAUUCGUGAUACGUACUUAUAGCUAGCAAGUUAUAUGUCUAUAUAUAUAUAUAUAUGUCUUUUUUUUUUAAUAUUUGU